GCCACAGCUGAAUCUCAAUGCGGAGCCCUCGGUGUACUCCCGCCCCCCGAAGCCGAGCGGCGAUGGGAUUUAGUACUUAUGUGAACCCUUUGUUUACGCCCGAGCUAAUGGUUAUCCCGCGGUAACGGGAUUUCCUCCACCGGAGCUGCGCGCCAGGGUUGGUUACGGGCGGAGCGCCGAGCGCUUCUCAGCGGCGGAGCGCAGUGCGGAGGUGCUGAGGUGUUCUCCUCGUGAAGAAAGGCGUCCGUGUGAGGCUGUGACGUGAAGAGAAACAGUUGUUUGAGAGCGAGCGGAGCAAAGGGAAGCAUUGAUCGCUUGUCAUCGAUCGCGCUCAGACGCGCAGCGCGUCGGGGCUGACAGCCGCGGGCAGUGCGGGCACCGCGGGCGGCGGAGUCCAAGCGAAGGAGCAGCGCUGGCUGAGGGAUCGCUGCGCCUUACGGAACAGAAAAAUGAAAACCUACCCAGCCAUUGGUUUCUUCGUCCUCUUCGUCAUCAGCUACGGCUCUUCUGAAAACUCCAGCACGCCGAGAGGGUGCGGGCUGGACCUCCUCCCUCAGUAUGUGUACCUCUGUGACCUGGAUGCCAUCUGGGGAAUCGUUGUGGAGGCGGUUGCAGGAGCAGGUGUGCUGACAACAUUACUGCUUAUGCUGAUUUUGCUGGUGAGGCUGCCCUUCAUCAAGGAAAAAGAGAAGAAGAGCCCCCUGGGAAUGCACUUCCUCUUUCUGUUUGGGACACUCGGACUGUUCGGACUGACGUUUGCUUUCAUCAUUCAGGAAGAUGAAAUGGUGUGUUCUACCCGAAGAUUUCUGUGGGGAGUUAUCUUUGCUUUGUGCUUCUCGUGCUUGCUAGCUCAGGCUUGGAGACUUCGCAGACUUGUUCGGCAUGGGAAGAGUCCAUCUGGCUGGCAUCUUGCUGGUGUGGCCAUCUGCCUGAUGCUUGUUCAGGUCAUCAUUGCAACUGAGUGGUUAAUACUGACAGUUGUCAGAGACAACAAGAUGUCUUGCAGCUACGAACCAAUGGAUUUUGCUAUGGCUUUGAUUUAUGUUAUGUUCCUGAUGGUAUUUACCAUGGGGUUUUCUCUUUUCACUCUCUGUGGAAAGUUUAAGAAGUGGAAGAAAAAUGGAGUAUGCCUGAUUAUAACGCUGUUUUUUUCCAUUCUGAUUUGGGUAGCCUGGAUGACUAUGUACCUCUUUGGUAAUGCUGAACUAAAGAAAAGAGACAAAUGGAGUGAUCCCACUCUUGCUAUUGCACUGGUGUCCAGUGGUUGGGUGUUUGUUAUUUUUCAUGCUAUCCCAGAGGUCCACUGUACCAUCCUUCCAUCACAGCAGGAAAACACUCCCAAUUAUUUUGACACUUCACAGCCUAGGAUGCGCGAAACUGCUUUUGAGGAAGAAAUACAGCUUCCUCGGAGCUACAUGGAAAACAAAGCCUUUUCUAUGGAUGAACAUAAUGCAGCGCUAAGGACAGCAGGAUUUCGCAACGGCAGUUUGGGAAGCCGACCUAGUGCUCCUUUUAGAAGCAAUGUUUAUCAGCCAACUGAGAUGGCAGUUGUGCUGAAUGGUGGGACUAUACCAACAGCUCCGCCAAGUUACACUGGACGACACCUCUGGUGAAAGGCUGUAGGCUGUAGAGAAUAAGAAUCCUUGUUGCAGAAUUAUUCCCUGGCAGUGUGUCUUUGAGGGAGGAAUUGAUAACAGUACCAGAACAAAGCAACAGAACAUCCAGGAGCUUGCGAAAUCCCACAGAGGAUUUUGUGUAAAUGUGAACACCACGGAAUGGAUAAACUAACUGCAAAAAGAAAAUUGUAAGUCUGAAGCUAAAUCUGAAUUAAAACAGAGGUAGGCACACUUCAAAAUGGAAGAGGGGGAUAUUGUAUUCUGAAAUGUAAGAUAUUCCCUUGUCUGUAACCAGUAACCAGUGUGCAAGGCAAGCCUGAUUCUUUUUGUUGGAUACCAGCUGCUUGCAAACUGCCCUCCUCUCACCUAAACUUAAUUCACGUUGCCACAAGAGAUUGCCACCACAGUGUGAAGACAUGCAGGAUUUCUUUCCAUCUUGCUCCUUUUCCUUUCAUUUGAAAUGUCAUGAAAAGUAUAUUGUUUGCCUCAUGAUCCAGCUGUACUGGAACGUCACGCGUUACUGCUCUGUGGCAACGCCGUUACCAUCAUGCUGUAGGUUGACACUCUUCUCUUUAAAAAGCUCAUGUAUGAGAAGCAGUUCUGGAGAGAUGCAAGGUCUGUGUGUGCUUUAUGCGAGCGCAGGAGCUUCUUGAGGCAGAGGAGUACAGGUCCAGCAUAGGCAGCUCUUCGGCAGCCUGGAAUUGGAUUCCCUCCUGUUCCUCAACCUGGAUGUGAGCAGAAUUGCACGUUCUCACUUCUCCUACAGAAGCAGCCAUUAAAGGAAUCUGGAGGGAUACGCUUUGCAAAGAAUUAGCUGGUGAGAGAACGUGAUUCGUGUUUGCCACGAGUGCGUUGUGAUAGCAGAUGAAGGGUGAUGUCCAUCGGUGCUGGUGGGCUGAGGUCUGUCCAUAAUGGGCUGGAGUCUGUCUGUGCUGGUGGGCCAAGGCUGGCGCCUUGUGGCAGGCUGGUCAGUGGCAGCUGCAGAGCACCGACCGCUUGAUGGGAGGAACGCGGUGCGCGUAGGGCUGAGGCUGCUGCUUCCAAUCCCUGUUUGUAUGGGUAGUCUUAUUGACUGCGGUUGUUUGUGCAUUUAGUUGUGGUUGUGCAUUUUAGUGGCUAGCUGGUAGAAUCUCCCUUCUGGAGGUGGUUUGUUGUUGUUGUUGUUUUUUUUACGGUGGUUUCUUCCUUAGUCAUCCCCUCUGCCUCCGCUUUUUCGAGUUAAAAUGGCAGCCUUUCUCAAAGCUUUUUAUCUUAGUUUUCUCCAGGUUAUUUAAAAGGUUCCCAUUGCCCAUUGUUUGUGUCAUGAUUUUCAUUACGUUUAAUCAGUCAUUCCUUUAUUUAACAUUUAAUACAUAUCGGACAUUGAAAACAUCACCGUAUCCUCACCAUUUGGCCAACGUCAAUCUUAGCUUUCUGGAAUUCUAAAAUCAAAUUGUUUUUACUUGAGGGCACAGGAAACAUUUAACAAAUAAACUCUGCAUAUGAUAUAAUAAAAAACUAUAUUUUCAAACUAAAAAAAUAUAAUGUACAAAUAACCAAAUAGCUUAGUUGCUUCACAGAAAGAAGUUACUUGCUUUCUACUGCAGAAGAAAGACAAGUAUUCUAUUUUUCAAGAGUCUUCCUGAUUCUCCACUUACCUCCAUUUCUGCAGAACUAGGAACCUAGUCCUGCAGACUGUACUCCCACAAGUAGUCCCUUUGAUACCAGCCAGUCUACAUACAGGUACAGAAGCUGCAAGACCAGUCCCUAAGUGUUGCACACAGAUACAUGUGUGCCUGUGUGUAUAUUUAUAUAUAUAUAUAUAUAUAUGAAGGAAUAUAUGUUGCCAUUCUUGCCAUGAUCAUCUUAUGAGGUUUUACUUCACAGCUGUUCUCUUCCAGAAGCAGUGUUUUUCUGUCAUGCAUGAGUAAAGUAACAUGUUAGCUCCAUGUUGGAUAUUCCCCCCUGCCCUUCCCUCCUCAAGGCAAAGGAAGCAUGUGCUUGUUUAGGGAUUGCUUAUUUAUUUUUUAAGUACCUAGAUGGCCUAAGUAACCAAGUAGGGUAGGGGUGGAUAUUGCAUGCUAUCCAGUGACUUAGAAAUACAUCUGCUUUGUUAAAAGCAAAGCUUUAAUUAAAUAAGAUAGCAUUCAUGAUAUUUACCCUGAAAAUGCAUCACUUCGAACAAUAUAAAACCUAUUUUCAUCACUUGCCUGCUGAAUUUUGCUUUUAAAAAUCAAAUUUAAAAAAUCACAAAGCUCUACUGUAAAAACAUAUAAGAUGACCAUGGCAUAAAUGGUAGGACAGUUUUCUUUUAAAAAGUUUAUCAUGCUACAACCAAGAUUUAGGAACUACAAUACAACUGCUACAGACCUUGGACAAAACUUUACAACAUGUAGUUCUCUUAAGAAAUGUUUUUGUCUGAUAAAUAGACUUCCCAAUCCUGUUCCUAAUGAAGCUGAUUAGAAUUUAAGGCCUUAUGUAAGGAUAAGGCCAGAUCCUAGAGGCUGCUACUGGCAUGACUACUGUAGCCAGUUAAUCACUUGGGCCCUUCACAGGAUUACUAAGUGGCAGGAUUGGUCUUAAUUUGUGGUGGUGAGGGUGUGGCAAUAGAUUAGGAAGGUCUUUAUUUUCCAAUUUUGUACAAUUAGUAAUAAGCAACCUUUUUUUUUGUAAGUCACUGGUUCGUGAUGUUAAAUGCCCCAAAUAAAAAUGUGAUCAAAGAAAGGCACCUUUAUGUUAGCUUAUACUUCUGUUACAGUCAAACAAUUUGUUUGCUUUUGCCUUUUAUGAGUUAUCUAGAAUGUAAAGCAUCUGUGAACAACAUAGUAAGUGUAAGCACAAGCCUUUCACAGUUCAGUUAAUUAGGAUUUUAUAGUAUAAAAGCUCCUGUGUUGUCCCUUGAUGGCUAUGUGAUCAUGGUGUUUCCAUACAGAAAAGUGAAACUGUAAAACAUCUGAAAAAAUUGUUACCAGAACAAGAUUUUUAAUAACUGGCUUCUGCAGUUGGCCAAGAAGAGUUCAGAGCCAUAAUUUUACAGGUCCUGUCCUGCUUUCAAAUGAGCUGAGGGCAUCUGACACUGGCCAGAAAAUAUGUAGCAUCUUCAAAACAGCACUCUUAGUACAUACACUUGUUUCUAGAAACAAGGUACACGAAAUAUAGAACUAGCUGUAUCUGUUUUUAGUGUAAACACGGGCAUCUUGGUUGGCUUUGGAGCUUGAUGCCUUGGGCCUCACCAAAGGCAGUGCAAAAGGGAGCAUUGUAGCUUUUAUAAUAAAACAAUUGGACUAUUCUACCAACUUACAGGAUUACAAAGCAGGUGCUUUUUAUUAACUGAUGAGAGCUAAAGCUCAUUUUUGAUAGAUGAUAUAUAUUUAUUAAAUGUAUUAAUGUGUGUUUUAUAACAUACCCUUUUUCCGCUGAUUGUUGCAUACACUGGUAUCUUAUUAAGAACAUCUUUAAAGGAUUUUCAAGACAAUCAAUGCAUACCAUGAUGUCUGUACAUACAUAUACAAAACUACAAAGGUUGUAAAGCAUGGGCAAAUGUUUUAUUUUCAAAAUGCUGUUCUUAACGAGAAUAAAGGCUUUACUAUUUACUUACAA